CAAGUAUGAAAGUGAUACUCCUAUCAAAUGGAAAGAGCCGUCGAGAGUGGGCUGAGGCAUAAUCGAAGGCUUCUCUGGUUUUCCUGUCAUCUUCUUGCUUUUCUGGGGUUCCCUGAAGUCUUGCUCCGUCGUUUGGCUCUUGGGAAGAUUUGAUAUGGACGGCAGACAAGGCGGAAUUGGAAGAGAUGGAGCAAGGAGGAGCAGCAUGUCGUUGACCGGUUCGUCUGGGAGGAAGAAAGGAUCGGAAAAUGGUGGUUUCGAUGGUGGCCGGAGGAGCCCCGUCUCGCGCCCACCGACUCAUAGUGGUGAGAGAUCUGUAAAGAGACUGCGCCUAUCUAAAGCAUUGACAAUAUCUGAGAAUACAACCAUUCUUGAGGCUUGUCGCAGGAUGGCUGCUAAUCGGGUUGAUGCUGUGUUGCUAACAGAUUCAAAUGCUUUACUUUGUGGGAUCCUUACAGACAAGGACAUAGCAACAAGAGUAAUUGCUGAUGAACUAAAGCUUGAAGAAGUACCUGUGUCCAAAGUCAUGACAAGAAAUCCUCUUUUUGUUCUUUCAGACACAUUGGCAGUGGAGGCAUUGCAGAAGAUGGUGAAAGGAAAAUUUAGACAUUUGCCUGUCGUUGAGAAUGGUGAAGUCAUUGCUUUACUUGACAUUGCUAAGUGUUUAUAUGAUGCCAUUGCAAGGAUGGAGAGAGCAGCUGAGAAAGGAAAAGCCAUUGCUGCAGCUAUUGAGGGGGUUGAAAAGCAGUGGGGAACAUCAGCUUCGGCUUCCAAUACAUUUAUUGAAACUCUUCGAGAACGAAUGUUUAAGCCAUCCUUGUCAACAAUCAUUUCAGAGAAUUCAAAGGUGGUGAAAGUUUUACCAAGUGAGUCGGUAUUAAUUGCUGCCAAAAAAAUGCUUGAACUGAAAAUGAGUUCUGCGGUUGUGGUAGUUGAUGAUAAGCCUCAAGGAAUAUUGACUUCAAGGGAUAUUCUAAUGCGUGUAAUUGCCCAAAAUCUCACUCCGGAGUCAACCCCUGUGGAUAAGGUUAUGACUACUAAUCCUGCAUGUGGAACUGUUGAUACGCCCAUUGUUGAUGCUUUGCAUACAAUGCAUGAGGGGAAAUUUCUUCAUCUUCCUAUUGUUGAUAGAAAUGGGAACAUUGUUUCAGUUCUUGAUGUUAUUCACAUCACUCAUGCUGCAGUUGCUACGGUGGGAAGUAGUGGCGUUGGAGGAGCUGAGACAACAAAUUCUCUAAUGCAGAAGUUCUGGGAUUCAGCUAUGUCCAUUGGACCUUUUGAAGAUGAUGACGAUAAUUGCAGUGACAAUUCAAUGAAAUUUGCAUCUGAUGGAACGGACACAUUGAGAGCUGCUGCCUUUUAUCAGUCUUCUGGCCUCUCUGUUUUUUCCUUUAAGCUUCAGGAUAGGAAAGGCAGGAUGCAUAGAUUUAAUUGUGACACUUCAAGCUUGACAGACCUCAUGGCUUCCAUCCUUCAGAGGGCUGGUGAUGACAUUGAUAGGAAUAAUCUCCCCCUGAUAUUGUAUGAAGAUGAAGACCAUGAUAAGGUUGUUAUUGCAUCAGACAAUGACCUUCAGGCAGCAGUAGACCAUGCUAGACAGCUUGGUUGGAAGGGUCUUAGACUGCACUUAGAAUUCCCAGGCUCAGCGUCUCGUCGGAAGCAUCUUGGUGGGCAAGUAGGAACAGAACACGCUCAUAAGGAUGCAUGGGCCUCAGCAUACAGUGCGGUGGCUGCAGGAGCUGCCCUUGUUGCCGGUCUUGGUGUCAUGGCUUUUCUUAAGAGAUCAAGCACAUAAAAUGCAUCUUUAUUGCAAACUGUUUCAUACUCCACACUCCCAAAAUAUAAGAGACAGCCUUGUGUAAGGUCCAGGAACUAGCAGAUGAUUUGUAUACCAAUCAUUCUCCAGAAAAUACAACAAUAUUUGUAAUUUUUUUCUUUUUUAUGUGUUUUCUAGCUAAGCAUAAUUCUCAGGAGAUGAAUGUUUUAUUCUCCUGGAAUAAAACUCCAAAUAAGAGUUUGGAUUCAGGAUCAGAGCACUGUAAUGGUUUAUAUCUGAUUAUUCCUAAUGAGAAUAUCUUCCA